GACUAUAAAGAAGUGGCAGGAUGAGCAAGAGUAGUAUCUCUGAAAAAUGGAGACAGCUUAGCGGCGAGGACCAUUGGCAGAACCUCCUGGCUCCCCUGGACAUUGAUCUGAGGCAGUACAUCCUCCACUACGGCGAGCGAGCUCAAGCCGCUUAUGAUACCUUCAAUUUCGAGCCUAGAUCAAAGUAUGCAGGAAGCAGCAUUUAUGCAAGGAAGUAUCUAUUUGCAAAUGUAGGUCUCGAGAAAGGCAAUCCUUACAAGUAUGAUGUUGUCAAGUAUUUUUAUGCAACGUCCAAGCUCCCUGUACCGGGAGCAUUCAUCAUCAAGUCACUCUCAAGAGAAGUGUGGUCGAAAGAAUCAAAUUUCAUGGGGUACAUUGCAGUGGCUACUGAUGAAGGUAAGGCUGUGCUAGGGAGAAGAGAUAUAUUAGUGGCUUGGAGAGGGACAGUUCAGGCCUUGGAGUGGGCUGAGGAUCUUAAAUUUGAUUUGGUUUCGGGUUCUGCAUUGUUCGGAGAAGCUGCUAAUGUCAAACUACACAGUGGGUGGCUCUCUAUCUAUACUUCAGAGGAUGCUAAAUCAAAAUUUAACAAAUCCAGUGCUAGAUAUCAGGUACUCGAUGAAAUUAGGCAACUACUAGAAAAAUACAAAAAUGAAGAGAUCAGCAUAACUAUAUGUGGCCAUAGUAUGGGAGCUGCGCUUGCAGUGCUGAGUGGAGCUGACAUAGCUGUAAAUGUAUUCAACAUGACAGAGGGCCAAUCUAAUAAGCACUGCCUUGUCACAGUGUUUGCAUUCGGCUGUCCUCGUGUUGGCAAUGCAAAUUUUUUGAAGGUCUUCCAAUCCUUGGAGAAUCUCCGAGUUCUAAAAGUUCGAAAUGCCCUCGACAUUGUUCCCCUUUACCCGCUUGUUGGAUACUCUGAUGUGGGGGAUGAACUGAUGAUAGACACCCAAAGGUCAAAUUACUUGAAGGAUAUUUUUGACUUGGCAAAGGUUCAUGACAUGGAAUCUGCAUAUCUGCAUGGCAUUGCAGGAACACAAGGACUCCAUGGAGAUUUUCGUUUGGAAGUUAGAAGAAGCAUUGCACUUGCCAAUAAGUACACCGAGUAUGUGAAAGAUGAAUAUCUUGUACCAGUUAACUGGUGGAGCUUAAGAAACAAAGGAAUGAUUCAAAACGAUGACGGAUCUUGGAGCCUGGAUUAUCAUGACAGGUAUGACUAUGAUGAUUGAUAGGU